GGGCUCGCCGAGGCGCAGGGCUGGCGGCCGACGAUGGAGGACGCCUUCGUGAUGAAUCUCGACGCCAUCCCGGGCUGCAGCGUCGUCGCCGUCUUCGACGGCCACGGCGGGUCGACGGUGUCGGCCUACGGCGCGCGGGAGCUCGCGCCGCGGCUCGCCGCCGCGCUCGGCGCGUGCGGCGGCGACGGCGAGCGCGCGCUCGCGCGCGUGUUCCUGGACCUCGACGCGGCGCUGCGCGACGAGCACGGCGCGGCGCUGGACCAGAUGGGGAGCACGGUCGUCUGCGUGCUCGUCGCCCCCGACAGCCUGACCUGCGGCUGGCUCGGCGACUCGCGGGCGGUGCUCUGCGCGGGCGGCGCCGCGGCGCCGCUGAGCUUCGACCACAAGCCGCAGGGCGACGGCGAGCGCGCGCGCAUCGCGGCCGCCGAGGGCCACGUCUUCCGGGGCCGCGUCAACGGCAUGCUCGCCGUGUCGCGGGCGCUCGGCGACUUCCUCUACAAGGCGCGGUCCGACCUCGGGCCCGAGGCGCAGCUGGUGAGCUGCGAGGCCGGCGCGGGCCGGCGCGCGCGCGACGCGGCGAGCGACGAGUUCCUCGUCGUCGCCUGCGACGGCAUCUGGGAGAAGCUGACGAACGACCAGGCCUGCGCGCUCGUCCGCGCCGCGUGGCACGCCGGGUCGAAGACGCCGGAGGCCGCGGCGCGGAAGCUCGUCGAGUGGAGCCUGCUCUGCGGGUCCACGGACAACAUGACCUGCUGCGUCGUC